CUUGAGCUCUGCUGGGAACUACAUGGUGCUCAAUUUUUCAAGAUGUCGUCGCUGGAACAGAGGCUGUCGCGAAUCGAGGAGAAACUAAAGCAGGAAAAUGAAGAACAUCGCCGGAGAAUCGACCUUAACAUCGACAUGAGUCCGCAGCGACGUCCGAGGCCGACGCUCCAGCUGCCACUGGCCAACGAUGGAGGCAGCCGUUCAUCGUCUUCAGAGAGCUCUCCUCAGCACCACCCCUACCCCAGCCGCCCGCGACACAUGCUCACCCUGCCCACGCCUCCAUACGGCCUGCAGAAGAGCUUAGAGAAUGCAGAGAUCGACCAGAAAUUGCAGGAGAUCAUGAAACAGACGGGCUACCUGAAGAUCGAUGGACAGCGGUAUCCAGCCGAGGUGACAGACCUGAUCAGUGAGGGGGAGAUCGGCAGUGGGACCUGUGGACAGGUCUUCAAAGUGAGAUUCAAGAAGACCGGCCAUGUCAUCGCUGUCAAACAAAUGCGUCGAACAGGAAACAAGGAUGAGAACAAGAGGAUCUUGAUGGACCUGGAUGUGGUGCUGAAGAGUCACGACUGCCCUUACAUCAUCCAGUGCUACGGCGCCAUAGUCACCAACACGGAUGUAUUCAUUGCCAUGGAGCUGAUGGGAACAUGUGCUGAAAAGCUGAAGAAGAGAAUCCAGGGUCCCAUCCCAGAGCGAAUCCUUGGGAAGAUGACAGUGGCAAUCGUGAAGGCAUUGCUGUACCUGAAAGAGAAACACGGCGUCAUCCACCGGGACGUGAAACCCUCCAACAUCCUCCUCGACGAUAAAGGUCAGAUCAAACUGUGCGACUUCGGCAUCAGCGGACGCCUCGUUGACUCCAAGGCCAAGACCCGCAGUGCCGGCUGUGCUGCCUACAUGGCACCGGAGAGAAUAGACCCUCCAGAUCCCACCAAACCUGACUAUGACAUCCGAGCAGACGUGUGGAGCCUCGGCAUCUCUCUGGUGGAGCUGGCCACGGGACAGUUUCCCUACAAAAACUGCAAGACAGACUUUGAGGUUCUGACCAAAGUGCUGCAGGAAGAUCCUCCUCUGCUGCCUCUCGGCAUGGGCUUCUCCCUCGACUUCCAGUCCUUCGUCAAAGACUGCCUCACAAAGGAUCACAGAAAAAGGCCAAAAUACCACCAGUUGCUGGAGCAUAGUUUCAUCCGCCGUUACGAGGUGCUGGAGGUGGACGUGGCCGGUUGGUUCCAGACGGUGAUGGAUCGGACCGAGUCGCCUCGUAGCAGCCAGUGUUACAGCCAUCAGCACCAGCUCCACUCGCUCUUCAGUAGGUAGCCUAGCCCAGCCCGGCGUUAGCUUAGCCAGACGCUAGUCUUGCCUAGCUUUAGCUUUGCCAAGCCCAGACUCAGUCUGUCCUAGUCUAGCCCAGCGUUAGCAGCUAAGCCUAGCGUUAGACCCAGCCCACCUGUCCAUCUGUCCACCAGAGAGAGCCUGAAGAGCCCGCGGAGGGGAAGGGGAGAGAUGGAGACUCGAUGGAGUGAUGGACGGAGACAUGGACUGAUGGAUGGAUGGAUGACACAUGUGGUUCUGUUUAUCGGUGUGUUGAAUCUGGACAGGCAGACAGGGGAAGGAGGGGACAGAAGAAGGUGCACACUGUAGUUAGCUUCAUUCGUUCACACACAUCGCAUCACAUCACAGUGUGUGUAACAGCCACACACACUCACAUACAAACUGCAUGUGCACUCUUGUACGUGUAACCCACAUUUCAUCCACUUGUUAUUAGUUUUUCACUUACAUGUGUGUCUCCAGCAUUGAUCCAAGCCGUUGGAUUAGUCAACAGAGUAGUCACUACACACUGGAACAAAGCUUCUGCUACAUUAGCAAACCUGAAUCUCUCUUGUACAUAAACGUUAUGGAGGACACAACAAUGUCCGGUGCAAUUAUGAUUCUUCAGGUGUUUCUACUAUCACACAUUCUCAGGCUGAAUCUAUGUGCGUGCGUGUGUGUGUGUGUGUGUGUCUGUGUGUGUGUGUGUGUGUGUGUGUGUGUGUGUGUGUGUCUGUGUGUGUCUGUGUGUGUGUGUGUGUGUGUGUGUGUGUGUGUGUAUAUGAGUAAAUAUCAAGACACAGUCACUGGUUGUUUUUAAAAGUGAGAUUAUAUUUCCUAGCCGUUUAUUCACCUUCACACUACAGCUGUAACACACACAGCAGAGAGAAUUAAUCUGUUGGCUGUGCUUUGUUUUUUUUUUACAUGCUAGGAUAGAAACUCUCAUUAACUUUGAUGUGAAAUAUGUUUAGAAAACCCAUCAUUGUAUUUAGCAGCUGCACAAAUUGGAAAAACACGAUGAAAAAUGACUUACAAAAAAAUUAGUGUUACAUUCUAGCUUUGUAGAAAAGUUCUUUAUGGUUUUGUUUUUGUGUGCUGAAACUUAUUUGGAUGGACUAAGAGACAAAGGGAUUCUAAGAAGAGAAAAGUUGAGUUAGUAAGGAGGAGGAGACUCUUUCUAGAAGUGUGGGAGAGAAACGCUGGGAAAGUAGAAGAAAGGAGUUCAUAAAUAACUGAAGUGUGUGAAACGAGAAAGGUUGGAGGUAAAAAUGGGAGUGGAGUGUUUUUUUUCAAUGAGAAGGCAAAGAACAGGAGCUUAUCUUGUACAAAGAAUAUAUAAGUAGGGUAAAUCUUAUUACCUGUGGAGCAUUUCUUUACUCUGUUUGUCUACCUCUUCCUCUCUGUCCUCCUCUCUGUCUGCCUCUGCUGUUUAGUGUCAUGUAGUGCUCCACAGUGGUACCAGACCAAAGGCUGCGUGUAGGUUUUGGUGGAGGUCAAGAGAUUUAGACCUACUCCAAAUAUUUCAGACCUAAAGAAACCACUCAGACACGUCUUGUUUAAAGCACAUUUUGGUGCUUUUAGUUCCUAGAGCAGGGGUCUCAAACUACCAGUCAGGGGGUCAGACGUGCCCAUAUGUUUCAGGGUUGUCUUUUCCUUGAUCUCCAGGGGUGCAACUAACAAUUUAAAUACCUCCCAAUUGCUAAUGAUAUCCUAUUUAUCUUCUUAAUUAAACAUUUAGUCAGAAAUAUAUCAACUUUCUAGACCCCAAGUGGGGUUAGGAUCAUAAUUAAUUUCUAAAAUCUAAUUAUUUUGAUGAAGAAAAGCAGAAAACAUUCACUUUGAAAUGGUGAAGCCAGUUAAUUUUUGCUUGAAAAAAAAUUUAAACCACUAAUCAACUAUCAAAAUUGUUAAUUAAUUUUCUCCCUUUAUUUACCUACCAUAAGAUAAAACCAAGAUCAUGCAGAUUUAGUGUAACAAGCUAGCACCCAAAAAGGUUUCUAUAACAUCAAAUAACUAAUUAAAACCAAAUUUAUAUGAAAAUUGAACACUUGAACAAACAUCAGCAUGAAAAGAAUUAUGUGGAUGACAGAAACCAUCUUUGGAAAAGAAAUGUUUUAUGUGUACCGGUAGUUUGAUUUAAGUUUGACCCAUGUCCCAUCCACUAACAUGGAUUUAUGGCUUAUACUGCAACCAGCCACCAGGGGGCAAGAAAGAUGUUUUGGCUUCACUAUCAGGGAGCUGUUGUGUCGUCCAUCUUUAUAUCCAGUCUAUGAUCUAUGCAGAGAACUAGGAGAAAACAUGACUUUGAGACCCCUGAACUAGAGGAUUGUUAAGAUAAAACUGUGAGUGCAUCAGGCUUUACAAACCAGCCGCAUCUGAACUCAAUGUGUCUGAAACUCGAUGUUUAAAUAGACGUUAUGAGUGCUAUGAGGUCUUCAUAACAGGCUGAUUAAAGUCCUACUGCCUCCCCUCUUGACGGGCCACAGCCAAAGCCUGCUAGAUGUGCAGACUCAAACCUCCCACGCCCCGUCACGCACCAAACCAAAUCACUGCUAGACACAGAGAACUGAGAAAUGGCAGCAAUGGAGAGAGGGAAACCGUUAAGUGUCAGAUAGAGAGCGAUCCAGGAAUGUUGUCGAGAUGGCAGAGAAGAUGAAAGAGAAUUAAACGUCAGGAAAAAGAGAGGAGAGGACAGAGUGAGGCGCGAAGGAAGACGGGGAGUGUUAGGAAAGUGGGAUUGGAAGAUAAAGAAAAGUCAGAGACGAACUGGAGUUGGACAGAAAGUAAGAGUGUGAAUAAUGAGAGAGGUAACAGGGAAGGAAAACAUCAGCUCUGAGGCUAGCUGGUUAUUGUGAAAAGCUUUCAUGGUGUUACACCAACCUACCAAUUAUGAUUUUAGCGAGUGAGUUAGCAUGUUGUGUUGAUGAUGUUUACUGUUCUGUUCAAACAAUGUUAUUUAUUUACAUUGCUACUGCUGCUACUUUUUUAUUGCUUUAGACGCUGCUGUCACUUCUUUUCCCCAAAGGACAAAUACUUUAUUCUUUUUUUUUUUCUCUUUUUUUUAAAAGCCAAAUAAAUGAAAUAAUGCAACACGUUUUACCAAAUACAGAGCAAAGUCUGAAGAGGGCAAAAGCAAGGGAGAGAUGGAUUAGAAGAGAAAGUGCAGGGAGGUCGGCUUCGCAAAAAGUACUAACUAACACGAAAUGUAAACUCACCUCACCUCACAUGUAGCUCUAAAUGUAAUGCAAGUAGUUAAUCAUUUGAUGCCACACUGAACUGUACAGUAUAGAUAUGAUCAGAGGGGCUGUCUGCCUGUCCAGAUGUUUUUUUUUGUCACAUCCACAUACGCCGUCUGUCCAUCCGUCCAUCUGUCCACAGGUCGCCUGCAAGCUUGACAACCUUGACAGUUCACACCAAAGGUGUCCACAACUCAACUAAAAUACGAAAGAGCGUUGGUGUUAUUGUUAUGACUAUUGUUAUUGACCUUAUAAUUGAUCACUCUCAGCUAUGAUAUAUAUGAAAUCUCUCUAUAGCUAGUGGGAGAGGGUGAGGGGGGGGCGCUGUACUACAGCAGUGCAGUGUGUUUGUUUGUGUGUGUGUCAUAAACUGUACAGGGGGAGACUGGUGCACUAACACAAGACAGGAGCCAAGCAAUAAAACCAGCUGGCUCAUCCUUCUACUCACUGUGGGCUUGUAUCACAAAGUAAAUCCAACUCAGUCUGACUCUCUGUGGGCUUCACUGAGCCGCUGAGCGUCCUGAAUAACUGGUGUCACGCAGCUGUUUAUCAACUGGCUCCGUUAACUCUGGGUGUUCCCAGUCCAGCCACGGGUGUGUUCAUGUGACAGAGCUUCUUAUCACAAGUCAAAACCCAUGUGCUGAGUGCCUAAUAUGAAAAAUUAUGAAAUAGGUUACUUAUUUUAGUUUAAUGAAAUACAAAAUAAUCACAAAACUAGAGUACAAUAAGUACAGUGUAAUACAGUGUAGGAGUUGUAACAAUAAUGUAGGUGUUUUAAAGGGAUAUUCCAGACUUUUUAAAAUGUAUUUUGCAUGUCUAUUCAUUCUGUUUAAACCCGGUAUUUCAAAAAAAUCUAAUCAAAAAAUCUAAAUUACUUUAUUUAUCCCCAAGGGGAAAUUCAGUUAGUCUUGUUUUUCUGCACAGUUGCAGAUAAACAUAAGGCUACAGUAUAACAAUUAUAUUAUUAGUAAUAUACUGUUUGAAUUAUAUUCCAGUGGCCGCUGUGUAGGAUUGUUUCUGAUUGGUGUGAUCCAUACUUUUCAAAUAAGUCAAAACUUAUUGAAAAAAUAGAUGGAAUUAUUUUCAAAAAUCACUAAAUGUUUUUAUAUCACAAAAUAUUAUACUGUAAUCCAUGUUUGUUGGCUUUUAGCAUUUAAAAAUCAUGUUUUCACUGCCGUUCACUGUGUGCUCUCCUGCUUUUUGCACACAAACUGAGCUGUAUUAAUAAUCAGUCUAACAUUAAUCUAACAUGUAUAGAGAGUUAUAUUCAUUAAAGGAAGUUGAUUUGAUUAAAAAAGAAUAACUUAAAUCUUAUUGAAAAAAUAAAUUACAGCCAGUUAAGUUAUAAGUUGUACUGACACAUCAAGACACUGUCCAUUUUAUCACUUUAUGUAAACUCUGUACUUGUGUCCGUGUUGGUAAAUCUUGAAUGAUCUCUGUGUUUCCAGUGAUCUGAUUGGUCAGUAGGCGAUCUGUGUGCAGGUUUAGCUCCUCUGUUAGUUAACCUGGCCCCGUUACACAUGUGCCAGCUUUGUGAGACCAGUAAACCUGAGUUUAGCCCACAGAUAGCCCGUGGCUCUUCAUGGUACAGGCCCCUGAGCAGAUGUGAGCCGGCGUAGCUCCGUUAGCUCAGCUUCUGUUUAGGUUUUAAUCUGGACACCAGGCUACAACCUGAAACUGAUUUGCAAAAGUAGACUUUUAUUGUUGUAAACUACAGAUGACAGGAUUCAGGGCAGAUUGUGACAGAUCUACUCUGUGACUCUGUUAAAAUUCUUGUAUAUAGAUCUGAAUCUGGUGCUUAGCAUCCAUCAGCUGUACUGCUGAGAUGUGUACUCGUUAGAGACGGGCCAACAACCCGCUCUCACUACAGCCAUUCAAACUCUGUUCAAAUGUGUGUCUCGGCCCUCUUGACCCAGUCUCCCACUGUCGAGGUUUUCUGUUAUUAAGCUGAUGUUUAUUUUUACAAAACACGCACACACACACACCCGCUCGGCCGUGUGCUUUUCCAUCCAAACACCUGAUUAGGUGACAGUGCCGCACCACACCUCUGUGAAACCAAUCAGGUCAGGUGUGCUAAGAAUGACAGUCAGUGUUUGUGUGUGUGUGAGGAAACAAAACAUGUAAUUACUAAUGUACACACACCAAAUGUAAAGAGUUAUCCCGUUCUGCACAGCAACGCUGCCAAUAGUGGCUUUAUGUGUAUAUUAGCUCGCUAGGUGUGGCCAGGGGUGUAUAAUAACAGCUAGUUCAUAGCGAGAACCUGCGCUGUGCCUUGGCACUGAGGGGGAGCGUGUGUGUGUGUGUGUCGUAAACCCAUCUGUAAUUAAACCAAAUAUCAUUUUCACUAUGCAGUCAUUCAAACCAUGUCAGCUUGCUUCAAUGAGGGGGAAAAAACCUCCUGUACAUACACAGAUUUACGGAUAAACUGGAGUUAUCGACAGUGUGUUUUUCUUUUCGAGCCCCCUCCCUCCCGGUGUGAUUUAACGCCUUCAACUAGUUCACAGAGAAAACAGAGAGAGAGAGAGCAAGAGAUAUGUUUUGAAUGAGCUGACAAAUAUUUAAGGAUUGUAUUGGGGUCGGGGAGGGAUGCGGGGGUUAGACCGGGGUUUGUAGUUUAAGGGGAGAUACAGAUCAAUGCUGUAAAGUAUAUCAAUUGCAUGUUAUUGUCACCGUUGUAACUGCCAUUGUUUUGUUUUUGUUUUGUUUUUUUCUUCCAAGACAACGGUCGGUUGGGGCGGGGAUGCACAAAACUUUAUUCUUAUUUAUAAUUUUUA